AUGCAAGAGCAAGCCGUUAACGCGUUGAGUGCCUUGAAUAUUGGACCCGUCAAAGCGUUUAAUAUCAAGUGGACACUCUAUGGUGGCUUUGACAAGGUUGGGGCAACCAAAACCGAUUUUAAAUAUUUUAAGCGAGAUCUGAACAAGUAUAUAUCUGAGUUUGACGCUGAUAUGAUGAUUAAACGGCUAUUGAGGAAGAAAAAGUACAUGCCAAACUUUUCAAUGGAGUAUAUAAUCACAGAAGAUGGUUUAAGGGCGUUGUUUUGGGCUGAUGAGGAUGCCAAGAGGAAUUUUACGGUGUUUGGUGCCGUUUCAUUUAAUGCGACAUAUCAGCGUAACAAGUACAAAAUGAUGUUUGUACCGUUUACUGGUAUCGACGACCACAAUCGUAACGUUACUCUUGGUGCCGCUAUAAUAAGCAACGAAACGGCUGAAACUUAUAGUUGGUUGCUUAAGGUGUUUCGUGAAGCAUUUGGUCGUGCCCCUUCGGUGAUUGUUACCGACCAAGACCCAGCCAUGAAGAAGGCUAUUGAAGAUACAUGGACUGAGAGUAGGCAUAGGCUAUGCAUGUGGCACAUUAUGGACAAGCUUACUGCUAAGGUUGGUGCUACAAUCUGCAAUAGUACAGAUUUCAAAAAGAGGUUGUGUGCCAUUAUGAGGACCGAUUCAAUUCUUCCCGAGCAGUUUGAAAGUGGUUGGGCUACCAUACUGAACGAUUUUAACUUGCUGGAGAUACAAAAUGGUAUACACAGACGUGCUAUCGGAAAGUGGGAAACGAUGUGUGACUUCGUUAACUUUUUUGUGAAGGACUGGGAACAACCAUGCACUACUUUCUUCGAGUACUUGCCGAUUCACGGUUACAUAUGGGUUGUGUCUCUAAAGUAUAGUUAUUUGCUUCAUAUGGUUAUGAUGCGGAAGGACGACAUGAUUGUGUAUUGUACAUGCAAAAGAUUGGAACAGUUUGGGUUGUUGUGCUUACACAUCUUUUGUGUGCUUAGGAUGCUUAAUAUUAGGGAGUUUUCGCAACGUUAUAUUUUAAGACGUUGGACUCAGGAGGCUGUUCCCAAUAGUGCCCCUGGUGCUAUUCUAGGUAUGAACGAGAGUGAUGAUCGUUACAAUGAAGUUGUUAGUGCAAUAUGCAUGUAG